AUGAACGGAUACAGAAGAGUGAAAGAUGUCAGUACAGCAAGAUCAAGAUCCAUAGAUUUCUCUGACAUUUCCUUCCAAUCAAGAACACCAAAACCAAUCUCCAACCACAGUUCCAAUCUUCCAAAUCCCAACAUAAUUAGCCAUGAAAAGAAAAUCCCAGAACAGAGCAGUAGAAUUGUUAAUCAUGCUCCACCAAUUCAUGAACAGAGUGAUGGAGAAAUUUUUGGGGUCAUUCUGAAUAGGAAAUGUUCAUCAUCACUACGUUCCUCAACAUCUCCCCACCACAACUACUUCUCCAUGUCGGAUCAGAAUGAAAAUGCAUGGUCAUCAUCAUCAUCAUCAACUGGAAGCUCAGUGAUCAAAAGGGUACUUUCUAUGAAGAGGUCAUCCUCUGUUUCUGAAGGGUAUUCUAGGAUUCAUCAUCAAUGUGAUACUACUGCAGCUGAAGAUGAUACCGGUGCCGGAAUCUCGAAUUUGGAAGCUUUCAAUAGAAGACCCGGCAAGAAAAAAGGCAAGAUUUUUAGAGCAUGUCGUCGUAUAUUCGGAUUCUAG